AACGACAACAACAACAACAAUAGUAAACAACGAAUGGUUAUAGGAGUUGGACAACUGACAAGUACCAACUCAAAGGAUGAGAACUAUAAUGUGUGCAGGAGGUUGGUGGAGAAGGCUGCAGAGCAGGGCGUUAACAUGUUCUGUCUGCCAGAGAACUUUGCUUUCAUGUCUGGUGGCGUCAACCAGUUUGAAUCGAGAGAGAAUGCCGAGCCACUAGAUGGUCCGACCAUGACACGCUACGCACAGUUGGCCAAGCAACACAAGAUGUGGCUGUCGCUCGGUGGCUUCCAUCAGCGCAUCGAGUCCGACCCCGACUUUAUCCACAACACUCACGUCAUAAUCAAUGAUCAAGGUGAUAUCGUCACUACCUACAACAAGAUACACCUCUACGAUGUAAACAUACCGUCAAAGGGCAUAACAUUCAAUGAGAGCAAGGUGGUCAGGCCAGGCGAUAAGUUGGUCUUGUGCGAUAGUCCAGUGGGCAAGCUUGGUCUGACGGUCUGUUAUGAUGUUCGCUUCCCCGAGCUCUACAUAUCACUGCGCAAGAUGGGCGCACAGGUACUGCUUGUGCCAGCAGCCUUCAUGAAGAAGACGGGCGAAGCGCAUUGGAAGACAUUAUUACAGGCUCGUGCCAUUGAGAAUCAAUGCUAUGUUGUGGCGGCCGCUCAAACAGGACAGCAUCAUUCCAAACGCGAGAGUUAUGGACAUUCACUUAUCAUUGAUCCGUGGGGCACUAUCCUCUCCGAGAUAGAGUCUGGUGAGGGUAUUGCCACAGCAUCGAUCGAUCUAGAUCAUCUCGACAAUGUACGAGAGAACAUCCCAGUGUCCAAGCAUCGCAAGCCAGAGUUAUACUCUAUCUAA